AUGCCAGUUGUCAAGCUAAACAUUGGCGGUAAAGUCUUCCAAACGACCGAAUCCACGUUGAAAAGAUUCGACGGAUUCUUCAAGACCCUUCUGGAAACUAGUGUUCCGAUCACUCGCGAUAAAAACGAUAAUUAUUUCAUCGACCGGAGCUCCCAACAUUUUGAAAUUAUUCUGAAUUACAUGAGAGAUGGCGACGUCGUGCUUCCGGACUCCGAUAAGUCGAUUCUAGAGAUUCAGAAAGAAGCACAGUACUACAUGUUGAUGGGUCUUGUUGAGAUUUGCGAGAAGAAAAUCCCAAAAAAAGUUGAGAAAAUAUUGAAAUUCUUGGAAAACGAGAAUCAGUUGCUCGAGGUGAUUGCAAACAUCACAGACAAGCCAGUCCUUGUUGUUUAUUAUACUCUCGAAGAGUGCAACUUCUUCAAAUAUCCACGCGCCAUGUGUAUCAAAAAAUUUUUGGCGAUUUUUGCUGGCAGAUUCGAAAUCUAUUUCAAGUGUGAUUCUGCGUCAAUGAAAAUCAAUAAAGACGAUGAAGACGACGAAGACGGGGGCUGGAGUUAUAGAAUUUACGAUACUACUAAUGGAUGGGCUAAAUCUGGAAAUUUCGAGAACGUCCUCAAAGAUUUGCCAUGUUAUUACAUGGGAAGAUACAUCAAAAUUAAGAAUUAUAAAGCCAAAUAA